AUGCCCAAAGCCCCUCGCGCCGUUCCCAUGGGCGUGAUCUCCGCCGAGCCGGUUCAAUCCGCCUCACGCAAGCUGAAGUUCGCCACCAAGGUAACAGUUCUAGGAAAAAGCAUCCCACAAAAAUAUAAGGAAAAGGAGGAAAAUAAAAAAAUAAAAAAAGGUGCGGUAGGCUCCAAAACCGGCGGUGGGCAGUCUGGAAUGGUCUUUAACAAGGGCUUUGGACAGCAUAUUUUAAAAAACCCGCUCGUCAUCGCGGCGAUCGCGGAGAAGGCAGCGAUUAAACCGACGGAUAUCGUGGUAGAGAUCGGACCAGGUACGGGAAACCUCACGGAAAAACUUUUGCAGUGCGCAAAACGCGUAAUUGCGUUUGAAAUCGAUCCUCGUAUGGUAGCAGAGUUGCAUAAACGCUUUCAGGGCACCCCGCUCGCAUCAAAAUUACAGAUCAUUCGCGGGAAUUGCCUCGAGCAGGAUUUUCCCUAUUUUGAUAAGUGCGUAGCGAACGUGCCGUAUGCGAUUUCUUCGCCAUUGAUCUUUAAAUUGUUAAAAAAUCCAACUUUUAAAUGCGCAGUGCUGAUGUUUCAGCGGGAGUUCGCACUUCGGGUAUGCGCCAAGCCCGGUUCGGAAGCUUACUGUCGACUUUCUGUCAAUACACAGCUCCUCGCGCGCUGCUCGCAUUUGAUGAAAAUUAGUAAAAAUAGCUUUAAUCCCCCUCCUAAGGUAGAAUCAAGUGUGAUUCGAAUCGAUCCCAAACACCCCAAACCAGAUGUCGACUUCGAGGAGUGGGAUGGUAUGGUGAAGAUGGUAUUUAACCGGAAGAACAAAAAAGUAGCGUCUAUCUUUCGCACCAAAUCAGCGAUUCAAACCCUCCACGAAAAGUAUAUUAGCUAUCAGAAGAUGCAAGGGCAAUUAACAGAGGAUAUAAGCCUGGAGUUGUUUAAAACGCUUCUUGACGGCAUCCUUGCCGAUCCACUUUUUGAGCAGCGCGGGCGCCUGCUCGACGAGGAAGCACUCAUGACGCUUCUAGGGCAUUUUAAUCGGAAUGGAAUUCACUUUAUUUAA